GUGCGGCGCUUGGUUCCCCUAGCAACCGGGCUCAGCGAGGAGGCGCCGGCGGAGGAGUGUGCCGGCGACUCUGAGAGCCCCUGGCCGAGAGGCUGCGGGAGGACUUGACCUUUUCCCGGAGGAGUCCGCCGGCCGCCCCACCUAGAGGAGAGCGCGCAGGCCCCUGGCAGCCCCUCCCGGCCGCACGCCGAUCCUGGCCUUCAGGCCUUGUGGGGAGAGAAGCUGAGGAAGCCUUCCCUCCGGGCUCAUGCCCCAAAGAGACCUUUGAGGUCCCACCCCCGGCCUCCGGGCCAGAGAGAGGACAAUUCGGGAUCUGUUUCUCUGUGAGGAGGUGUAAGGUUCUCUGCUGCUUUCCCCGCUCACCACAACACUAUCGUCAGGCAAGAUGAACCGGCUGUGCGACACGGAGCCCAGGGUGAUGGAUGAGGAGAUGCUCAGGCUGGCCGUUGUAGAGCAGGGCCCGCGAGACGAGGCCGGGCAGCUGGCCAAGCAGGAGGGCAUCCUCUUCAAGGACGUCCAGUCCCUGCAGCUGGACUUCCAGAACAUCCUCCGCAUCGACAGCCUCUGGCAGUUUGAGAACCUGCGGCAGCUGCGGCUGGACAACAACACCAUCGAGAAGAUCGAGGGCCUGGAGAACCUCACGCACCUGGUCUGGCUGGACCUGUCCUUCAACAACAUCGAGGCCAUCGAGGGGCUGGACACGCUGGUGAACCUGGAGGACCUGAGCCUGUCCAACAACAGAAUCUCCAAGAUCGACUCGCUGGACGCGCUGGUCAAGCUGCAGGUGCUGUCGCUGGGCAACAACGAGAUCGGCGACGUGAUGAACAUCAUCUACCUGCGGCGGUUCAAGGACCUGCGGACGCUCAGCCUCUCAGGGAACCCAGUCGCCGAGGCCGAGGACUACAGGCUGCUCAUCUGUGCCUACCUGCCCGACCUGGUGUACCUGGACUUCCGGCGCAUCGACGACCACACGAAGGAGCUGGCGGAGGCGAAGCACCGGUACGUCAUCGAUGAGCUGAAGCACCAGGAGAGCCGGAUGCAGGCCCAGCUGGAGGAUGAGCGCGCCCGGUGCCGGGAGCUGGAGGAGCACAAGGCGGCCUUCGUGGAGCACCUGAACGGCCCCUUCCUGUUUGACAGCAUGUACGCCGAGGACGUGGAGGGUAGCCAGCUGUCCCACCUGCCCGGCGUGGACGAGCUCUUGCAGACCUACAAGGACAAGUUCGUCGCCAUCUGCCUGAACAUCUUCGAGUACGGCCUGAAGCAGCAGGAGAAGCGGAGGGUGGAGCUCGACACCUUCAUGGGGUGUGUCCAGGAGGCCAUCCAGGAAAAGCAGGAGCAGAGCAAGGCCAAGAUCGCCAAGUUCGAGGAGAAGCACUUGCUGAGCUUAAGCUCCGUCCGAGACGACUCUGAACUGACCAACUUCGAGAUGAAGAUGGCGGAGCACAGCGAGGACCUCGCCGAGCUGGUCGACGUGCUCAUGACGCUCGAGAUGCAGCUGGUGGAGCAGCUGGAGGAGACUAUUAACAUGUUUGAAAGGAACAUCAUCGACUUGGUGGGACUCUUUGUCGAAAACGUCCAAAGCCUGAUGGCUCAGUGCCGGGACCUGGAGAACCACCACCACGAGAAGCUCCUGGAGAUCGCCAUCAGCACCCUGGAGAAGACAGUCAAGGGCGAGCUGGACGAGGACCUGCCCGACGCCGUGCGCUCGCUCUUCGUGGACAAAGACACGAUCCUUAACGCGGUCGGGGCCUCACACGACAUCCACCUCCUGAAGCUGGACAAUCGGGAGGACGAGCUGGUGACCGGGGUCAACUCCUGGUGCGCACACCUGCUGGACAAGAUUCACAAGGACGAGAUCAUGAGGAACCGCAGGCGCGUGAAGGAGAUCUACCAGUACGUCGACCACGUGCAGAGCGAGCUGGACAGCCUGGAGUUCAGCGACCUCCUGGACUAGGGCUGCGGCCCAGCCCGACCCCCGACCC